AUGGGACAUGGAAAUCAGACCAGUGUUUCUGAGUUUCUUCUCCGGGGAAUCUCCCAGCGGCCAGAACAACAACACCUUUUCUUUGGACUGUUUUUGUGCAUGUACCUGGUCACCAUGGCAGGGAAUGUGCUCAUCUUCCUUGCCAUCAUCUCUGAAGCUCGCCUCCACACUCCCAUGUAUUUCUUCCUGGCAAGUCUCUCCUUUGCUGACAUUGGUCUGUCCUCCAGUAUUGUCUUGAAGAUGCUCCAUAACCUGUAUAUGCAGCAUCAUACCAUCUCUUAUACAGGAUGUCUGACACAGCUGUAUUUCUUUCUUUCAUUUGGAGAUAUGGACAGCUUUCUGCUUGCUGUGAUGGCAUAUGAUCGCUAUAUGGCCAUUUGUCACCCACUGCACUAUGCCACAGCCAUGAGACCCCAGUUCUGUAUCCUUCUGGUGAGUGUGUGCUGGGUGAUCACUAAUCUCCAUGCUCUGUUACACACUUUGCUUAUGGCAAAACUGUCCUUUUGUGUGGUGGGGGAAAUAUCCCACUUUUUUUGUGACAUCAGUCCCUUGUUGAAAGUGUCCUGCUCUUCUACCCAUAUAAAUGAAUUAAUGGUUUUUGUUGCAGGUGGUCCUGUUAUGACAGUUCCCUUCCUAUGCACUCUGAUCUCUUAUAUUUGCAUUGUCUCUGCCAUCCUCAGGAUGCCAUCCUCAGGGGGUGGUAGGAGAAAGGCUUUCUCUACUUGUGGCUCUCAUCUCUCUGUAGUGUGUAUGUUUUAUGGCACAAUUUUUAGUGUGUAUCUCUGUCCUUCCUCUACUUUUUCCAAGAAAGAUAUUAUAGCCUCUGUAGUAUACACAGUAGUAACUCCAAUGCUCAAUCCUUUCAUCUAUAGCCUGAGAAAUCAAGACAUGAAGAUGGCCCUAGGGAGUCUUCUUAGAGGCAAGACAUUUACCUUUCCAUCACAUUGA